UUUUUUUUUUUUUCAUGGCAGGAAGCGUAUGUGUUUGCAGCUAGAACAUAAUGUGUUGCAACCCAAGGGGCAAGAGCUGACAUUUUCUAAAUGCCUCUGCCGCCCUCUCACUCGCAUUGGAGUUUUUCCAAGACGGAUAAAAGAGGAAGGAUGGUUGGUGGAAGGCAGCUGAGUUCAGUGCACUGCAGAAGUAUCCACACUCCUUGAACUUUCCCAUUUUUUGUCACAUUACAACCUCAAUCUUCCAUUUAUUAAGAUAUUAUUUGUUAGGGUUGGCAGAUUUUGCCUAAAAUCAUAUCAGACUCUACAUGUAGCUCAACAUCUUAAAGGGACAAGAGCAUAAUCUGCCAAAAAAGACAAAAAAGUCCUUUUCAUCUUUUUUAAAUACAAAAAUGGGCUAAAUGAUGUUGGUCAUUGUUACAUAUUUUGGUGUUGGUUCAUUUUCAGUUAAUGGCCCAGGUCUAUUAUAUGUGCAGUUUUGAAGAAGGGAUAUCAGACAUGGCUUACAAAUAUAUGUAUUAAUUUUAACUGCUCAGUUAUAUAUACAAAAAAAAUGGUUCAACAUAUAUCUCAAUAUUAUUUGAUUUGAUGUAGUUAUUUUAAGAUAGAGUAAACUUCCUUGAAAGCUAAAAUUAACCUGAAAAGGUGAAUGAUGGGAAAACUUGAAGAGAAGCAGUCAAGUGACGCCAGAUUACCCUGGAUGAGCUGUGGAGAUCGAAAGCUCAGGUGGAAGUGUCUCUCCCCAGGACAACUAUUGUUCUUGCAUUCUACAAAUCUGUACUGAAAAAAAAAACAACUAAUUUAAAUAUAGUGGCACGACAUUUUUACCCAUAUUGAUAGUUCAUCAAUAUGCGGCUUUAUUUUUGUUUCAGUACAACACAGUGAAGUUUGUGGUUGUUAUGUUACCAACUAUUAAAAUGCUCAAUGGUUAUGAAUACUUUUGCAGAGCUCUGUAUGUACUUGUAUGUGUUUUUUCUUUUUUUUUUUUAAUGAGUUGUUGGUCUGUCUCGAUGAAGCUCUGAACCUGGUAUGCAAAGUGCUUAUCGUGACUUCUGCCAUUUCUCUCUACCUUGAUGGGCCUUUUUAGGACAGGUUGUUCCUCUGGCCAAUUCAAGCUUGCAUUACAACUUACAUGGUCCCCUUUUAUUCCUACAUAAAGUUAGUUUAGUUUCUGUCGGCUCAAAAAAAAAGGUUUUAACACUGUCCCCACCAACAUUAAAACCUUCAUCUAAAGGAACGUAUGUCAGAGGUCAAGGAAGUGUGAGUUGUAAAGCAAGUAUCCAUGUUGAAAUACUUUUACUUCCAUAAGGAGCUGUUGAGGCUCUGUCCAGUGCAUAUUAUCCAACCUGUGAUAAAAGAGAGGUGCAGAGAUUGUCAUUUAUUGUGUUGACACUUUUUAUAUAAAUCCAUCAGUUAAUCAACAUCGCUCUCAUAAAUGCGGACAAAAAUAGUCACUGUAGUGCUGACUCUAACCCCAGCUUAUGCAUUCUGGUUGAAUAAAUGGCUAAAUUUGACUUUGAGAUGUUCAAAAGUGCUGACACUGGUGAUUGCAUUUGAUUGGGUUAGUGCAUUGUGACAACUGAUGCAGCUUCCCAGUAUAAAUAUGCAUAACCUUUCUUUCUACUUUGGGUGGUUAACAUGGAAGAUGGUGUAAUUUAUCAAAAGAAAAUUUAUACAAUCAAUAGAUCUUGAUCCCUAAAAUAAAAAAAAAUAAUAAAAAUCUUAUUCAAUUUAUUAUAAUUUAAAGUUGCAAGUGUAAUAGAAAAUAAUAAAAUAAAAAAAAAUACAAUUACAAAUUUUACUACUUAAAAUUGCUGCAAUUGUUUGUUUUCUAUCUAACAGCUAAAAAACUAUGCUUUCCAACAAGAACUUUACCUCACGUCUCAAAUCACGUUUCCACUACAGCUUCCUAAAAGUUUACUUAGUGAAACUUUUAAACUACCUAUGUUUCUUUUUGUGUGUGUUUUAGCUGAUGGGACUGGAACCUGGGCCUUUCAUGCGAAUCAGAGCAGUAACUCCUUUAGCCUCUGCGGGGCAGAGAUGCAACAGCUCAGUCUGGUAUUCAGUAAAAAAAACUAGGAAAUCAGCAUUAAUCAUUUGAUAGUGGUUAUACUGUAAAACCACACUCUGCCUCUCCAAGCUUUGAUGAUGAAGUUGGACUGGAUUUCGAAUUAACUGCUGAUUUUGUAGGAAGAAUGACCAUGGACACAUAGGAACACUGCAGCAACAAGUCUGCUCUGUUCAAGCUCUAGAUAUGAGAAAGACCAACAAUCCUGGGGAGUUUUGAUCGUUUUAAUUUGGAUCUCGGAACGUAUUAACUGAAAAAUAUUUUAAUUUUAUGAAUUAAAUCUCUAAAAAAGAAAAAAGCUUAGCAAUUUCUACUAAAGCUGCUGGGUUUUAUCAACGUGCUUUAACGUAAGCUCUGUAAAACAUUGAUUUUUCAGCAUAGGCAGCUAUUGUUGUUCACAAGCAAAAAUACACAACUCCAGUUAUGAAAUUCAAAGUUAACAGAAAAUAUAACCGGCAGAGGAUUAGAUUACUGAAAUAAAUUGCUGGAGAUGUUCAAUCAAAGAGUGACCUUUGUCCUCGUCGUACUACGAAGCUCCACCUUUAAAAAAAAACAAAACAAAAAACCCUUCCUCUUUAUGAGGGCCAUUUUUGAGGAACAUUUUGACCCAGAACACGGACAGAGUCCCAGAAAUGGUCCCUGCAAUGGAAACGCGUCCAUACACACUGGUUGCAGUGUCUGGGUCUUUAAGCUGUUUUUAAACAGGGCGAGUUGAAUCCUUGCAAAUUUAAAAAUCGGCUGCAUAGUUUCACACACUUUCAGACAAAUAGUUUCACAUUUACUCAGCAUAAAGGUUAGUUCUGUUUUAAGGACAAACUAUUGUUGGAUAGUAGAUAUGUGCACAAAUAUAUUUGGCCCAGCUUUGCUUUCAACGUGAUUUGAAUCAUUUGAAUAUUUAUUUAUGUUUCCCUAUUUUAAUGUGUGACACCCCAACUAUAUUCAAAAACUUAAAAUAAUGAAAUAAGAAAAUGCAAUUUCCUUUUUCUACUUUUACAUAAAUCUUCAAAUCUUUCACCAUUGCAUUAGAUUAAUGUAACCACACUCUGAUGACUAUGAAAGAAAAUAGGAAUCAACAGUAUUUUUGCAUCUUUUAACUUUGACUUUGCAUGUCCUGAAUUGCUGGUUUGAUCUAUCAACUUUCAGUCCAGUAUUACUUUAUCUAAUACCGACUUAUUGCCAAGAUUCCUCUCUAUCGUACUGAGCCUGCUACUUGAAGUAACCGAAAUGACGAUCACACUUACACUUCUACUGAUGCAAUCCACCCUCUCUUUUCCACUUUUUGCCAGUUGAGAAUGUGCUGUGGACUGAAUCUCCCUCCUUUGUCUUGAGAGCAUCUGAAAUGUCUGUCUUCCUCCUCACUUCUUCAAAAAACAAAGCAUUAUUCCCUUGUUUUCGUGUUGUAGCUGUAGCUUUCCAUUGUGCCACUUCCUUUGUGUUGUGUAGUUUUCUUUGCUUAUGAAAUCAUUCUGUCAUGGGGAAGGGCUGGCCCUCUCAAUCGCAAAGCUAAGCUCAAGGCUUGGGUUGAGGAAGGUAACAUUUGCAUCUCCUGCAAGCUGAGGAAAGGUAAAUCACAUCCCUCCUGUUUUCAUAUUUCGUGUCAGUGGGGUUACAUGUUGGUCAUUACCAGUUGUUUGGGGGCUUUUUGCUGGGACCAGUAUCGUUUCUUGCAUAGUGCUUUGUAGAAUUCAUUGCCUGGAUCAUGCUGGAUGCCAAGGCUUAAAUCUUUGGGACUUUGAAUUGGAUUGCUAAUCGGUUGAGAAAAAAAAAUGAUGAGGUUGGGUGGAAGAAAAGGCCACUUUCAGCUAAUGCUCAACAUUGGUCCAAAAGCACUUUGUGGAUUGGCUGAAUGUUGACCCUCAGCUGGAAGUAGCCUUUUGGCAUUUUGAUUUGACUAACUCGUAUUACCAAGCAAAGACUGAUGAGUGUUCUCCUGUUUCAUUGCUUUUUGUCCAAAACAUUUCCCCUGACAGAUGGCGGGGCUGCCAACUUUGGCCUCAACUUCCUCACCUUCAUUAUCCUUUUCAACAACCUGAUACCAAUAAGUCUCCUGGUCACACUGGAGGUUAUCAAAUUCAUCCAAGCCUUUUUCAUCAACUGGGACACCGACAUGCUGUAUGAGGCCACAAACACACCGGCUAUGGCCCGCACGUCCAAUCUGAAUGAGGAACUAGGCCAGGUAAAAUACAUUUUCUCUGACAAGACAGGAACACUGACCUGUAAUGUGAUGCAGUUUAAGAAGUGCACCAUCGCCGGUGUGGCCUAUGGCAGCCAUGUCCCUGAAGCUGAGGAGGGUAGUUUUGCAGAAGAAGACUGGCACAGCACACACUCAUCAGAGGAGGCUGGAUUUAAUGACCAGAGCUUACUGGAAAACCUCCAAAACAAUCACCCUACAGCUGCUGUUAUUCUGGAGUUCAUGACCAUGAUGGCCAUCUGUCACACUGCAGUCCCUGAGCGCGUGGAUGGAAAAAUCAACUACCAAGCUGCUUCUCCAGACGAAGGCGCUCUGGUGAGAGCCGCUCGAAACCUCGGCUUUGUGUUUUCUGGACGAACCCCUGACAGCGUGAUUGUGGAAGUGCCUGGAAAAGAAGAAAAGUAUGAACUGCUUCAUGUGCUGGAGUUUACAAGCACAAGGAAGAGGAUGUCUGUCAUCAUGCGCACCCCAUCUGGCAAGAUUCGCCUCUACUGCAAAGGAGCUGACACUGUGAUCUACGACCGGCUGGCCGACAGCUCAAGGUACAAAGAGAUCACCUUAAAGCACCUGGAGCAGUUUGCCACUGAGGGCCUGCGCACUCUGUGCUUUGCGGUGGCAGACAUCAGCGAGUCGUCCUAUCAGCACUGGCAGGAGCUGCACCUCCGAGCCUCCACCGCCAUCCAGAACAGAGCCCUGAAGCUGGAGGAGAGCUACGAGCUCAUAGAGAAGAACCUGCAGCUCCUGGGGGCCACAGCCAUAGAAGACAAGCUCCAAGACAAAGUCCCUGAAACGAUCGAGACGUUAAUGAAGGCUGACAUUAAGAUCUGGAUCCUGACGGGCGACAAACAGGAAACAGCCAUCAACAUCGGACAUUCCUGCAAACUUCUUACAAAGAACAUGGGCAUGCUGGUGAUUAAUGAAGACAGUCUGAAUGCAACAAGGGAAACUCUUAGCCACCACUGUGGACUUCUGGGAGAAGCCAUCUACAAGGAAAAUGACUUUGCUCUCAUUAUUGACGGGAAGACUCUGAAAUACGCCCUAACGUUCGGAGUGCGUCAGUACUUCCUGGAUCUGGCCUUGUCCUGUAAAGCAGUCAUUUGUUGCAGAGUUUCUCCACUUCAGAAGUCGGAGGUGGUUGAAAUGGUGAAGAAACAAGUGAAGGUGAUCACAUUGGCCAUUGGGGACGGAGCUAACGACGUAGGAAUGAUCCAGACAGCUCAUGUCGGAGUGGGAAUCUCUGGCAACGAGGGUUUGCAGGCGGCAAACUCUUCUGACUACUCUAUUGCCCAGUUCAAAUACUUGAAGAAUCUGCUGCUCGUCCACGGAGCCUGGAAUUACAACCGUGUAGCCAAAUGCAUCCUGUACUGCUUCUACAAGAACAUUGUACUCUACAUUAUUGAGAUCUGGUUUGCAUUCGUCAAUGGCUUCUCUGGACAGAUUCUCUUUGAACGCUGGUGUAUCGGCUUGUAUAAUGUGCUCUUUACUGCCUUACCCCCUCUUACUUUGGGAAUAUUUGAGCGCUCCUGCAGGAAAGAGAAUAUGCUAAAAUACCCAGAGCUCUACAAAACCUCGCAGAAUGCAAUGGGCUUCAACACCAAGGUCUUCUGGGCCCAUUGUCUGAACGGCCUCUUCCACUCCGUCAUCCUCUUCUGGUUCCCCCUGAAAGCCUUCCAGCAUGAUACGGUGCUUGGGAGCGGAAAAACUACAGACUAUCUCCUCUUAGGAAAUAUGGUCUACACAUUUGUCGUCAUCACAGUCUGUCUUAAAGCUGGUCUGGAGACUUCAUCCUGGACUAUGUUCAGUCACAUUGCCAUCUGGGGAAGCAUCGGCCUGUGGGUUGUGUUUUUCAUCAUCUACGCCUCCCUGUGGCCCAUCAUUACCCUGGCACCCGACAUGUCCGGACAGGCGAGAAUGAUGUUCAGCUCAGGGGUCUUCUGGAUGGGCCUGUUCUUCAUCCCGGUCACUUCGCUGAUCUUUGACGUAACCUACAAAGUUGUGAAGAAAGCGUGCUUCAAGACCCUGGUGGACGAGGUGCAGGAGCUGGAGGCUUUAUCUAAGGACCCUGGAGCAGUAGUGCAAGGAAAGAGUUUGACGGAGAGGGCCCAGCUCCUGAAGAACGUCUUCAAGAAGAGCACGGUCAGUCUGUACCGCUCCGAGUCCAUGCAGCAGAACCUGCUCCACGGCUACGCCUUUUCUCAAGAUGAGAACGGAGUGGUGUCUCAGUCCGAGGUCAUCAGAGCGUACGACACCACCAAACAGAGAAGCAACUAGAGGUGCGCCGCCGUCCUUCUUGUUCCCGGUCGGACCGCCUGGGGCCAUGGCUGCUGUCUCCACUGGGGUUUUUUAAUGGACAGAAAAGCGUUGCUGGGAGCGCAAACUUCCAGCACACAAGGGAAGCUACGAACAAAUGGAAGGACUGAGGAACAAUGAAAAGUCUUUGAAAAUCAUGGACGUAAAAAAAGAAAAA